AUGAGGAUCACUAACGUAAGGAGAGGGAGGAUUAUUCGUAUGGGUGGAGCGUGUGCGAUUCUUUUACUUUUAUUGAUCGCUUUGCAUAAAUGGUCCAGUGAGAACGUCGGUGCAGAAUCCAUGAGUGCACUCAUUUCUGACUCGCAGCCUGCCUAUUAUAAGAGUCACCAGAAUGUAUACCCUACUUUGAAAUCAGAGCUCGGAAAUUUUGAGCCUAGAAAUUUAAAAGAUACUACGGGACCAGGUGAAAAGGGUCGGCCGUAUCACAUGUCCCAGGAUAGAGCGAAUGAUGUCGCUGAAUCGGAGGGCGAGUAUGGCAUGAACAUCGCAGCCUCCGAUGAUAUUGCUAUGAACAGGUCAAUUCCUGACACGCGUCUCGACGAAUGCAAAUACUGGCACUAUCCCGAAGAAUUGCCAAGCACCUCCGUCAUCAUCGUGUUUCACAACGAGGGGUUCUCUGUCCUAAUGCGAACAGUGCACUCGGUUAUAGACAGAUCACCGCCCAACAUACUACAUGAGAUUGUAUUGGUUGACGAUUUCUCAGAUAAGGAAAAUUUGAAAUCAAAUCUUGACAAUUACAUAAAAAGAUGGAAGGGAAAAGUGCGUCUGAUCAGAAACGCUCAACGCGAGGGACUCAUUCGAACUCGAUCAAGAGGCGCUCAAGAAGCCACUGGUGACGUCAUCGUUUUCUUGGACGCUCAUUGCGAAGUGAACCUUAACUGGUUACCCCCUCUACUCGCUCCUAUAUACCGGGACUAUAGGAUUAUGACCGUACCGGUCAUAGAUGGUGUUGACCACAGAACCUUUGAGUACAGGCCAGUGUACCAGCAUGGGACAAACUACAGAGGAAUCUUCGAGUGGGGUAUGCUUUAUAAAGAAAACGAAGUCCCAGAAAGAGAAGCGUCACUCCAUAAACACCCUUCAGAACCUUACAAAAGUCCAACACACGCUGGAGGUCUUUUCGCCAUCAAUAGGAGAUAUUUCCUUGAGAUUGGCGCUUAUGAUCCUGGUCUUCUUGUAUGGGGUGGUGAAAACUUUGAAUUGAGUUUUAAGAUUUGGCAAUGCGGCGGCAGUAUUGAAUGGGUACCAUGCUCAAGAGUCGGACAUGUUUACAGAGCGUUUAUGCCGUACUCGUUCGGCAAUCUAGCGAAGAACCGAAAGGGAUCCUUGAUUACUAUAAACUACAAGAGAGUUAUAGAGACUUGGUUCGACGAGGAACACAAAGAAUUCUUCUAUACCAGAGAACCUAUGGCAAGGUUCUUGGACAUGGGAGACAUAAGUGAACAAGUGGCUUUGAGGGAUCGAUUGAAGUGUAAGCCCUUCAGUUGGUUCAUGGAGAACGUUGCUUAUGACGUAUAUGACAAAUUCCCCAAACUGCCAAAGAAUAUUCACUGGGGUAUGGUGAAGAAUAAGGCUACGGGCGUCUGUCUCGAUACUAUGGGGAAAGCAGCUCCAGCUUAUAUAGGUACAUCAACAUGCCACGGCGCGGGCAACAGCCAGCUGUUCCGCCUGAACGAGGCCGGGCAGCUCGGCGUGGGCGAACGAUGCGUGGAAGCCGACGUCAACAACGUGAAGCAGGCCUUCUGCAGGCUGGGGACUGUUGAUGGCCCUUGGAGCUUUGAUGAGGGCCACAGCCAUUUAAUCCACCGCCUUCACGGGUACUGUCUCACGUUACAACCCCACUCGAAGCAGUUAGGGUUAGCUCCCUGCGACCCCAACAACACCUACCAACAAUGGACCAUCAUGCACAAAAAACCCAAUUGGGACGUUGUGUAUGAUUGA